GAGCUUGCUUCGACGCCAGAGUAAGAAUUUGUUUUAAAAACGUGUUUAGUAUCGAUUGCUUGAAAGACGGGAGGCAAAUGAGCCGUCACCGCGAUAGUAACUAUCUGGUUUUGUCCUACGUGACAGACGCAGGAAGUGCCCCUCCGAGCGAGGCGCCUUUUCUGAGCUCAUGUUGUCAGGCAGAGAGUUUACCAUCACGUCCAGCGGGGCCGACUCUGUUUUUAGCCACACGAAACUUGGAGCUUGAACGAAUAACAAGCUCAGUGAUCAGAAACUCAUCUCCUUAAGCUGUAUUACACAACAUGGCCACCAAAAAGAAGCGAACACCUAAUGCGCAGAAUGACAGCUGGGUUGUCAUCGCCGCAGACUCUGCCAUCGACACACAGAAGCACGACAUUGACCCAGCUUUUGUGAGACUAAGGAAUCCCUCCACAGAUGCAGCUUCUCUGUACAUGCUGAACAGUGGUGAUGUACAGCUGUUUGAGGUCAAAGCCUUUGAAGAAGAUUUCCACUCGUGGUUUAUUGGACAGACUGUACAAAGAGAUGGGAGACUUCUCUUUGUAACACCGAUGGAUCCUCUGUAUCUCAUGUUGCCCUAUUUGAUUAAAUCUGGCAAAGAGGGGAAGUUCCAGCCUGUGGAUCAAGUUGUCAUGGAUGAAGAAUUCCCAGCUUGCUCAAGGCUGCUGAGCUGCACACGUUCCCUGGCCUCCCUGCACCACAUUGCAGAGGAAAAGGAGGUGGGAUCACUGAAGUUCCAUCGAUACAGUCAAGAGAAGACGAUGAAUUGGUUGAAGAAAAAGGUGGAGAGGACGGUCGUUGCACUCAAAAAGAGAAAUAUCUCUGUGGGAGAGGGUGUCAAAUCCACAACAUACGUCAGAGUGAAGUCAGAGGCAGACUGCCCUGAGGAGGACUACCUGCGCUACGCCCAUGGCCUGAUAUCAGAGUACAUCAGUGAAGACCUGAGCAAAGCCCUUCUCAAACACUUGCAGUUACCAGAGCUCACAAGCCCAAAGGAGACAGAACCUCCUUCAAAGAAACGGAAACUUUCAGACAGUCCGGUGGAGGCUGGAGAGGACUACACCAAAUUCAACAGUGCAGACUUUGUUCGGAAACCACCCAAGAAGAUGACUGCCGCUCAGAAAAGUCUGGCCAAGGUGGACAAGACUGGCAUGAAAACAAUGUCAUCCUUCUUCAGUCCCAAGGUCAAAGCAGAAAAGAAGUGAUUGUUGUAUAGAUUGUGUUUUUGUAAUAAAGAAAAGAAAAUGUA